CGUUCCUCUCUCCGCGUUCGUCCUCCUUCUCCUCUUCGUCCUCCUACUCCUCCUCGUCCACCCCCCCUUUCUGUAGACGGUUAGCCCAUGGGCGCGCGAGAUUGGCUUACCGGCACCGGCACUGGCGCCCAGAUAUGCCGGCAACGGGAACCGCGUAAGCUUCUCUCGUGGACCGCGGCCGUCGAUGGUCAUCCGCCAGAGGGCAUGGUCAUGGGCGGACGAGUGACCAAGAGAGAAGAGGGAAGGGGAAGGGGCAGGGGGGUCAUGCAUCGUAGACGCGGCGGGAGAUGGCGUGAUGCCUAUUCGGGCAGCCCCAAGGAGCCUAUCUUCCUUUGCCUCCUGUCCCCGGCAGGGAUCCUCAGGUCGGAAUAGA